GGACCCGUAGAACCACAUGUCUGGUAACCGAUUUUGAUUUUCCUUUCGGCGGUAUAAUGCUCCAAUUAAUUGACUAAUUGCGGUUAAUUGACAACACCAGUGAACGGCGACAGAUCGGUGCGACCAGAAGCGAGUCGAGUGUGCGUGCGAUUGGCGAAAAAUCGAGAUCAAUAAUAUUCGUAACGUUCUGCCCACCAGCGCGUGAGUGAGUGCGAGCGAGAGGCAGCGAGGCGAGUGCGAGUGCGAGCAGUGCGAGAGUGUGUGUGCGAGGAAACCCGCAAAAGCAAAAGCCAGCAACAAUAACAACACCCGCACGCACACACACACCCACGGAUAGUUCACACGCGGAGCGGAAAGUGCGUAGUGGAAAAACAUACGAGACGAAGAGUGGGAGAGAGAGAGGUCAGAAUCAAGUGAAAUUCUGAUCGUGGCUUUCGGUUCGAUUUCUGUUUGGAAGCCGAUUUCUCGAGCAACCGCAUCCCGUUGAGCAGGCAAGGAAGCAGCCAAGAGUUUCCCCUGACCCGCAAACGAGGAUCAGCCGCUGACGCAACCGGAGCAGGAGCAGCGCACCGGCUGCCCACUCUGGAGAGGAAACCGGAGUCGAAGGAACCGCAGGAGUAGCAGCCACAAGUGAGGAGCAUGUCCGGCAAGGAGGAGACGCCGUCCACGGGAGGAGGAGCCGCUCCUGUGGCCACCGUCGCCGCUUCGGCCAGCGCCGCCGCCACCACCUCGUACGCCAAUGUGGUGCAGAACCUGGACACCAAGAAGACAACCGCCGGCAGCAGCAGCAGCACCACCGCCGCCACCGUGGACAACAAAGAGAACCAGCCCAAUCUGAAGAGCUUCAAGUCGUGGAGCGAGGAGGCCGCCGCCGCCGAGGCAGCCUCCGUCGGGGAAGCCCCGCUGGCCAGCAGUGUUGGCCUGGCCCAGACGGGGGAGAAGCGAGCCGCGGCCUCGGGCGGCGAUAACACCGCCGAGAACUCCUCGGAACUGGACGACAACAAUGACUUUGUGCCGGUGCUGUCGCACCAUCGACGCGAUCGCAAAAAGGCGCGCAAGGAGAAGCCGCGCGAUCAACAGCCGACCGGAGGACGUGGCGAAGGUCAGAAAUCCCAGCAGGCUGGUGGUGGCCGUCGCCUCCCCGGCACCUCCGACGCGGAUCGCAAGCCCUCGGUGAGGUCGCGUGCUCCACGCGGCGGCAGUCCGCGCAAGGCUGCGCCGGGAGCUGUGGCUGCUGCAGCAUCGAAUGCUGGCGGAGCUGCCGCCUCGGGUGCAGCCCCGGGCGGACCGAAGGUGCACAAGGAUCGCAAGGACACUUCGCCGAGUGCCAGCAUCGAGGGAGCCGGCAGCAAUGGCAGCGGCAACGAGGCCAAGUCCGGCGACGGGGAUCAGCAGGCGGGCGAGAAGGGAGCAGCGGGAGCAGCUCCGCCGCCCAAGCGAUUCAUUGCCGCCCCACCGCCCAAGGUCAACGCCUGGAAGAUAUCAGCCAAACAAUCCGGCAGCCCAAAGGCAGGAACUUCUCCAUUGGACAAACGUGUUUUGCAGCCCAAGGCACAGCAGCAACAACAAGCCAAGCAGACUGCCAGCCAAAGCAACAACAACGCACAGAACACCGCCAGCAACAAAAAGACACAACAGCAACAGCAGCAACAACCGCAGCAGCAGCAGCAACCUCAACAGGGAGCCACAGCAGCAACAACCACUGCACAGACCACCACAACAGCAGCAGCAGUAGCAAGCACAACAGCAGCAGCAACAACAUCGUCAUCCGCAGCGGCAACAUCAGCGGCAGCAACAACCGAACCAGCAGCAACAACAAUUGUUGAUGCCAGUCAGGCAGACGUGCUUGCCAAAGUCGUGGUAAAGGACAAAAAGAAGGUCAAUCAGAAGGCCAGCGACUUUAGCAACGUUGGUGACUGGCCCACGCUAAUUGGCGGAAUUUCUGGCACUGGCAAAGCCACCAGCAACGAACCCAAGCGCAACCCAACGAAAAAACAGCAGCCAGCCAAGACAGCAGCCGCCGUAGCAGCCAGCAAUACCACUUCAAGUGAAGUUGCCACAGAGUCUAGCGUCGCACCCUCGACCGGAAGCGGCGGCAGCAACAGCAAUCCCAGCAGCAGCAGCGCCACUGCCACCGCCACCGCCACCAGCAGCCAAUCCACAACUGCAUCGGCUGCCAGCACGAGUCAUGAUGCCAAAGCCCAGCGAGAUGCUGAACCAGCGACCACUGCUGCUGCAGGAGCUUCUGGCUCCGCUGCCGGGCCUGCCCUCACCAAGAAGCUACCCAAGCACAAGUGGCGUCCGCUGCCCAUCGAUCUGGCUAAAUCCAGCCGCCCCAAGCCGAUUGGCGGCCGGCCAAAUCGGCGGCUCAGCGACGAUGGCUUCGACCAGCGCCGCCCACCGCGCAUCUACCAUGACCGCCAGCCGGGCGCUGGAGGAGCGGGAGGCGAGUCGCGGCACCCACACGCCGGCCGGCAUCCGUACGGGUCACGCUCAGCGGCUUCUACGUCCGAGCGCGUGGAUUCCUGGCGUAGCAGCGGCAGCACCACCACAGCCGCAGCGCUCGAUGAGCAGCGCUCUGGAGCAGCGGGUGGUGCCGGGUCAGCAGCAGCAGCUGGCUCAGCAGCGCGCGGGCCGCGUCGCUACCGGACGCCGUACCGCGGCGGGCGGCAAGGCCGGGGCGGAUUCUCCCGACAGGGACCAGGUCGCCCGACUCAUCGCAUACCACGCCAUCUGCUAGCUUCGGGCGAGUAUGCCAAUUAUCUGCCGGCGGACGCCGCCGGCGCCGACUCCUCGCAGUCGUCGUAUGUGCUCAUGGGCACUCACUACUUUGGCAAUGUGCCCGCAGCCUACAUCGAAAUGGACGCCACCAGCGUCAAGGAGGCCAUCAAGAAGCAAGUUGAAUACUAUUUCAGCGCCGACAACCUUACCGGCGACUUCUUUUUGCGCCGCAAAAUGGACCCCGAGGGCUAUAUCCCAGUCACCCUGAUCGCCUCGUUCCAUCGCGUUCUCGCACUGACCACCGAUGUGGCUUUGAUAGUGAACGCCAUCAAGGAAUCGGAUAAACUGGAGCUCUUCGAGGGCUACAAGGUGCGCACCAAGACGACACCGACCGCUUGGCCCAUCACCGAUGUGCCGGAGGCUCAGGAAGGGGAACUUAAGGCUGCCGUCCAGCUGGUGGAGCAGAGUCAGCCGGAGAAGCAGCAGCAGCCGGAGGAGGUUGAGGAGAAACUGGAGGAGCAGACUGAGGUCGGUUCGCCGCCGCCCGUUCUCACAUCGGCGAUGGCCACGAUGCCGCUGAGCAGCAUUCCGCCGCCGCCGGUGCCAAGGAACUCGCAGAAUCUGGUGCCCAAGAUGUUGCAGGAUAAGCAGCAGCAGCAGAGAUCAUCGACCAUUGCGGCCUUGAACUCUGUUAAUGCGAUCAGUGCGCUGACCCAGCAGGUGGAGGGCGGAGCCGCCGAACUGGCUGGACAUUUGAGUGGACUGGCGGAGAGUGUGAAGCCCAAGUCGACAUCGACGCCGGACAAGAGGUCGGCGGCUGCUGCAGCUGCGGCGGGCAAGGGCGCUGGUGCGGCGACAGCUGCUUUGGUGGCGGAGCCGGAGGGCAUGUGGAAAGAGGUAAAGAGACGCUCCAAAACAAAUGCUAUCAAAGAAAACGCUACUACACCACCACAACAACAACAGCCACCGCUUUCACAAACGCUCAACAACAAUAAUAACGAUAAUGUCAAAACGAACAACACCUCGUCCACGUCCACGUCCAAGUCCACGUCCAACAACGCCCCAUCCAACGCCUCAUCAUCAGCCACUGUGUGUGUAACCACCAACAAUGCUUCCUCAGCCACCAAAGCAACCACCAAUAAUGCCACCAAAACCACAACCACCUCCACCGCCACUACUACCACGAACAACAACAUAAAAUCUGGCAAUGCUGCUUACUCCAAAACCCACUCCAAAUCCUCAUCCAAAACAGCUGCUCCGCCAUCCGCUCAGUGCCAUGCCGAAAAGGAAGAACUAGACUUCCAGUUUGACGAGGAGCUAAUGGACCCCCUACCCCCCGGCACCGGACGCAUCAACAACUUCACCGAGAACUUCUCCGACGACGACGAGUCCGACUACGAGUUCGCCGACCGUGACAUUAACAAGCUGCUGAUUGUGGCCCAAGUGGGUCGUGCGCCCAAACACGAGGGCUACGAUCGCACCGCCGACUUUACAUCGCGCACGAAAAUCACCCAGGAUCUGGAGAACAUCAUCAACGACGGUCUGGUCAACUACGAGGAGGAUCUGUGGACCACCACCAAUGUGGUGACCGAUUACAAGACUGUCAAUGUGAUUUCCCAGGCGGACUUUGAAAAGCUGGCCGGUGGUCGCAACAAAUCCGUGGUGGCGCAGCAGGUGGUCCCACCACCGCCGCCAUUCGAAGAGGAUCUGGAUGAGACCCUGGUGGGUGAUACUACCCUGAACUCCACGCUGAACAACACCCUGAAAUCGCGACGUGCCCGCUUCUACGCUGCUCCUAACUCGCACUCGAUUGAUCCCCGGACGCCGAGGAAGAGGAAACUCCGCCACACCGCCAAUCCGCCAGUGGAGGCCCACGUCGGUUGGCUGCUCGACACUGUGGAGCACCGACCGCGCACCACCUCAAUGGGAUCCUCGGCAGGCACUUCGCCCACUGCCUCAUCGUACGGAUCGUUUGGAUCCUCGGUGCCGCAGUCGCUGCCCAUAUUCCAGCAUCCGUCGCAUGCACUGCUCAAGGAGAACAACUUCACCCAACAGGCCUACCACAAGUACCAUUCGCGGUGCCUCAAGGAGCGCCGACGCCUGGGCUACGGACAGUCGCAGGAGAUGAACACCUUGUACCGCUUCUGGUCGUUCUUCCUGCGCGAGAACUUCAACAAGAGCAUGUACAACGAGUUCCGCUCGCUGGCGCUGGAGGAUGCCGGCAACGGCUUCCGCUAUGGUCUCGAGUGCCUCUUCCGGUUCUUCUCGUACGGCCUGGAGAAGAAGUUCAGACCGAACGUGUAUCAGGAUUUCCAGGACGAGACGGUUGCCGAUUAUGAAACAGGUCAACUGUACGGCCUCGAGAAGUUCUGGGCCUUCCUGAAGUACUACAAGAACGGCGAGAAACUGGAGGUGCAGCCCAAACUGGCAGAAUACCUGAAGAGCUUCAAGACCAUUGAGGACUUCCGCGUGGUGGAGCCGGAGAUCAACGAGAUGCUGCAGGGAGUGGGCAGCCUGAACCCGGGCCGUCAGCUCAACCGGCACCGCAGUGUGUCCGAGAGCGAUGGCACGGCUGUCAUAACGGCCGGCGGUCGUCGCCUCAACACCACCAUCACCAAUCGCAGCGACUAUGUGGGCAGGUUGCUGCAACAGCAGCAGCAGCAGCAACAACAGCAGCAUCAGCAAUACCACCACCAUCAGCAGGGAUACGGGGGCUACAAUCAGCAGCAGAACCGCAGACGCACAGGCUCCUUCGGCAGCAGCACAGUACGCAUUCGCAGCGGAUCCCUGGGCAACAAGCCGCAGGUGGCCAAUCGCAAUCAGGGAUCGCAGCACGAGCUGCGACGCGGCGGCAGCAACACAGGCCUGGCGCCACACAAGCGACAACAGCAGCAGCAACAGAAACCCAAGCCUGGAGCAGGAUCACAGACAAAUUCAGCACGUGCCACAUCAGCGGCAGCAGCGGCCACCUCUGCAGCAGCAAUAUCAUCUACAGCGGCAACAGUAGCAGCAGCAGCAGCAACGCCAGCGGUUACGGUAGCGGGCUCGUCAUCGUCGCAGAAGUAGUUGUUACACGAUAAUGAAGAUACACUUUUUGGAUUAGGUGUAAGUUAAUAUCUACGACUUAGUUGUCAUGGGGGCACUCGCAUCCGAUGCUCCGCAAUCUUUUGUUUAUUCAUUCUUAUUCUUUUGUAGUAUUCAAGUCAAGCGUAAAGUGGGAACAGUCGUUAGCGUUUAGCAUAAUUAAGUGAAAAUUUUUGAAAUUUGUUUAUUGCAAUUUGCCUAGCGCGCGUUGGUUUAGUAGUUACGAUUCUAAUUGUUUGUUUUUCGCAUACCCUCGACAAAAAACUAAAAAAAUGGUUGCUUACGAAAUGCUCAAUGCUCACACAAAACACACACACGCAGCUCACACACCAAUUAUACACACAGCGGGGUCUGUCUGCUUUGUACCAGUGCCAACCAGCCAUGAUCUUGGAAAGAAAAUAACGAAACGAUUGCCCUUACAUUUUUGUUCUGUUGAUUAUUCUCCUUAUUUUUUAAAGCGAUGCAAAAUCAAGGCAAAUUUUCCUACUUAGAGCAGCGUUAAUAGUUGACGUAAUGCCAUGAACUGUUGUACUAUACGAUUAAAGAUAAUAACCAUAACGAUAACGAUAUAACCUAUGCAUAUAUUACCUAACGAAAACUGAAAACAAAUCAAACGAAAUUGAUACUGAUACACAACAAAAACCAAAUGAUCUUAAUGCAAAUAAAUUUUGUAAAUUACAAAAUAAUAUAUAUAUUAUAUACACGUAUAUAACUCUAUAUGCCAGGGUACAGUGAAGCCAGAAAACGCGUAUAAAUAUGAUUACUAUUAUUAUGAUUAUUUUUUGUGUGUGACCUAAGCGCAAAUGUAAAAUGUAAUUGUUUAAGAGGCAGUGAGAACUUGUAAUCCUUAAACCCAAUUGAGGCAAGCGGGGCUCAAGUGCCAGCGAAUUUUAGUUGUUUAAGCAUUUACCACAAGCCAGUCUAGCGCAAUCGCCAGCGGCAUAGCAAUAGGAAUCCGACUUGCACUCGGGUGUCCACAGCUUCCCCUGUCGCAGUGCACUGCCCCUCAGUCUAUCGAUCUAUCGAUCCGAUCUAUCGAAUUGGUACACCCCCGAAAACCUCAGAACUUCGUACCCCGCCAAGCAUUUAGAAGCAUGUCAAAAACCAUUUAUUUUUUACCUUUAGUUUUUGCACUUGUUAAUUUUUAAUUCGAGAAAACUACGACUAUAAAAAAAUGCUAGAGAAAAGAACAAAAAAAUUUUAAAAACACAAAAAUUGUCAAGUCCAAAAAAAGUUUAAAACUUUAUAAAAACAAAAAAGGCAAAUCAUGCAAACGAAAAAAAAAGCAUUAAGAGAUAAUGAAGUUUGUUUCGCAUAGUGAAUAGAUCUAAAUUUAAACCAUAUGUGAGAAAUCAAAUGUAAGCUUAAUACAGAUAAUAACUAUAAAUAUCUGCAUAUAUCCAAACACACAUAUAGAGAGACUUGAAAGCGGGACUGCAAUUUGAGAAUACUAUAACUAAAUAAGAGGCGAACGGUGAAGUUGUCCGAUGCAGUUUGCAAAACUGGUCCUCAAGGUCCUUCAGCUCCUCGACUUUUGCUUCGCUCAUCUAACCUAAGCAAGCAUACACACAGCACACACAACACACACCACGCAAAUACGAAAAGUGCAAAGAUCGUUUCAUUAACUAUUAUUUUGUAAUCAUUAGAUAUCUGUAAAUAUACUUCCCUGCUUCUUUUUUAAAAUGUCGCCUUAUCAAUUUUAUCCACACAUGAACACAAUCACAUCCACAUUGGCCAGACGCUUCUGUAUGAGCUUAACGAUCUAUCAAUAUUAUAGAUAUUAUAACAUGAGAGAGAUGUAGGAUGUCCGACGACAAUUCAAUCGGCUGUUGCGUAAUUAUACAUAGUUCUGCCACAACUAUUUUGUUUUUCACAUGAAGUGUUGACUUUAGUUUAUGAUGUAGCACACAACCACACACAUUUGCUUAUUGACUUUUAUGUGCCCUUUAAGUUUGCAACUUUUAUAUGAAUAAUUUACAUUUAACUCUACGAAUAUGAUACGAUACAAACACACAUACACACACAGACCUACGAAAUGAACAUAAUGGAACUCUAUUAAAAGUAAUUUUGUAAGCUACUUAAAUAUGGAAAAUGCGAGAGGAAUACUAAGCAAAACGAAAGAAAUGAUUAUUGUGAAAAACGUGAUAGUUUAAACCAUAAAGAGUAAUAUUUACUUCUAUUAUUAUAUUAAUAAUUAAUUAUACGAUGCAUAUAUAUGGAUAUGUAUAUGUAAAACGGAAAACCACAAAAAUUUCUAAACUAACGUAAACAAAAAAAGUAAAAAAUUUUUUUAAAAUUACCAACACAAAAAAAUGUUAAAAACAAUGAGUAGAAAAACUAAAACAAAAAAAUGAAUAAAAAAAACUUGAAAAAACCAAAA